AUGAAAAAGAUUACAGUUUUUAUUUGGGACGGUGAAACUACGAUGAAAUUACAGAGUCCGUUGAUUCUAACACCGACAUCCAAACUUUAUGUAAAAACAGUUGCUUUAUUUUGGAUGUACGAGAAUAUCCGGAAAGGCGUCAACGAUUUUUUUUCUGUCGACAAGAAAAAAGUCAUGUUGGAUAGUGGAUACUGGACGUUUAAACAAUUACGUCAAAAAUUAGAAAGUCACGGUCUCGUCGUCAAAGAUUUUCCCGACGGACGGAUACAGAUAAAAUUUGGAAAAAGUGUCAAAUCUUUUAAUCCGUGGAAAUUAAAUCGUCUGCUGGGAUAUACGACAUUUUCGGAAUUACAUCCGGGUCAACAUCCCGUGGAUAUUCACGAAGGAUUACGUUACGUGACGAUCGGUUGUAAUUUAGCAAACCGGUCUCAGAAUAUAAAUCCCGACGGUUAUCCGAGUAGUAUCAUAUCGUCCCUUCCCAUCGACGGGACGAAACCUUUAUUCGGAACGACGAUGAAAUAUAACGAUAUCGAAAGUCAAGUGCAAGCCGAUGCGGGGAUUUACCACGAACUUCAUUUCGACGUAAGAUCCAACGUCGAUGGAAUUACACCGUGUAAUGCUUUGAUGGAUUUGUAUAUCAUCUAA